UAACAAAUUCAAAUUUGCAUAUUAAAACACACCAUGUUGAAAAUUAUUGGCCUGGUACUUUACUUUGUUGCUGUUUCAGCCAGUGUUCCCUAUACUGAUUGCGCCCACAAAGAGGUGAUAGACGUAGCCAUCAGCGGCUGUACUACCAGUCCCUGUAUUUUUCAUAAGGGAAAAGAGGUUCAGAUAGACAUUCAUUACAAAGCCAACCAAGAUAGUACCAAGGCUACAUGGGACCUACACGCCAUACUAGCCGGUGGUAUAGACAUCGACUUGUCUAAACUGAUCCCUGGCUUUGAUAGGGACGGCUGUCACGACACUCCCUGUCCCGUCAAAACAGGAGAGACAAAGAAGUUCUCGUAUAAUCUGACUAUACCUGAGACCACCCCUACCAUCGAGGCUGAUAUCAAGGCCCGGCUUAUCGGCGACUCCGGUGACCUAUUCUGCGGUUCAGUUCACGGAAAUAUUGUCAACUAA